AGCGCGCGCUAGCGGAGGCUGACGGACGUACACGCGUUUUGUGUCUGCGGUAUCCCGGUCGGAACGGAGUACGGAGGCUGUUCUCCGCGAUCACCGGUUCUGUGACGGACAGGAGGAGAACUUGCACACCGCGUCGCACAAACCGAUCCUUUGUUUGCGUUUCGCGAUCAGGAAUCUGAUUCCACCGCGAGCGACGGAGACGCGGCGGGAGAGCGGCAUGAGAGCGGCACACGCGUCCAUUUCAAACAACUGUACCGGAUAAACACCGGGCUGCACCGUGAUCCGUCCGGCGCACCGGAGAGAGCCCCGUGCGUGUGUGGUCGGUAUUCGGCGCGAGCUUCCGGGAGAUGAUCCAGAGGCUCCGCGCGCCGUGGAUCGCUACGAGAGGCAGCGCGGUGGUGCGCUGCGCGCUGCGUGUCGUCGCCCCCCGACCGUCGUCCUGCUGACGCUUCGCUCGCCUCGCACGCCUCGGACGCGACGCGACGCGAAAACAAAUCCAAGUUCAGAGGCCCGAGCGACGCGAUCCGAUCGCGCGGUUAUCUCCUGAGGAAGUCCGUCCCGGUGGUCGACUACCAGCCCCCCGCCAACCCCCCCUCCGCGUGGCGCUGAUCUUCCGCCCGCGGUGUGUUCCGACCCUCGGCGGUGCGGUUAGACCGGUGCUCGGGGCUCGUCGUGUGUCUCUGAUCCCGCCGCUGAUCCCCGGUGAUGGGGGCGGAGGGCGGAGGAUGACGGCUCAGCUGACGGCGGGCGGAACCUUCAGGGAGCGGACAGCCAAUCGAUAGAGAGACACCACAAAGUUUUUGGUGCUGUUGCGAGCAGACCAGGAGAGAGGACAGAAGAGAGACCACGAGAGACCAGGAGAAAGACCAGGAAAGACCAGGAGAGACCAGGAGAGACAGAAGUCCCCCACCCGGACCAUGGUGUUCCGGAAGCUGCCCGGGGUCUCGGCUCCGGGUCUGCGCCUCUCCCAGAAGUUCGUGUUCCUGCUGUUCCUGUCCGGCCUGGUGACGCUGUGCUUCGGGGCUCUGUUCUUCCUGCCCGACUCGGUCCGCCUCAAGCGGAUCUUCCUAUCCAGGACGGAGACCCAGCCCGUCACGGUGGGCUCCGAGAACGACCUGAAGCGAGCCAAGGACCCGGACACCCCGCGGGGGAUGGCCUCUUCCUCGGCCAAGGGGGAGACCACCAGCACUAAGGUCAGACCUUUCACCCGUAAGGCCCCCUCCGUUACCCGGGGGGCGGGCACCGAGGACCGGCCGGUCGCUGCGGGGGGAGACGGAGGGGCCGUGGCGACAGAGGAGCAGACCGCCUCCCGGUCCAGGACCGAGUCCGCCUCGGAGAGGUCCACGGCUUCCAACCAGGACCCCAACAAGUCGGAUACCUUCAGCUACGACACGUUCCGGAGGUGCCUCCUGAAGGCUCCGCUGGGGAAGGACAUGGGCCGUCCGAGUGACCCCCACACCGCCGAGAGACGCGACAAAGUCCGAGAGGUAAAGUGAUCUCCUUACCAUUCCUUCCUCCCCUCAGUUUCACUUGACACACUACUGACGUGAACACAGCUGGUCAAAACCAACCGACGUCAGAGAUGUCGGGCUUUGAGAGAACCCCUGUUUCCCUGUCUUCUGCCAGUCAGACGAGAAGA